AUGGGAGUGAGUCAUUCAAAGAAAUAUCAAUGUACCGAUGUAAAGUCAAGUGCUUCAGAGGUCAAUGACUUCCAGAGCUCUGUCUACAGUGAUACUGCGCCAGGCAACUUUAUGGAUGAGCUGGACAACAUGAACACGUUUGAGGGCGCAUUACAAGACUUUGUAAUUCAGUUUCUAAAGAUGAAAGACGAGAACGACAGAUAUCGGACCAAAUACGAGUCCAACACACUUUUGUGUUUUCGUCGAAAGACAAAUAAGAGGUCGCAUGAUUCUGAUAGCCCAGACAGGAUACACGAUUUACAGAAAAUGUUUAAAGGUUUGCAACAACACGUGUCUGAAUUGGUUGAGUCACUACAACACAGUAAGUCCCGACUUUUGUCGAUGAAAGACGAACAGGAAAGUAAAGUUCAGCAAUAUGAACUACAAGAGAAACGUUUAAGAGAACAAUGUCAGUUAGAGAAGGAAAGAAAAGAGGCACAAUUGUGCGACGAAAUGGUGGACUUGAAGUUGAACUUGCAAAUACGAGACACUGUAAAGAACGAGGUUGAGCAAAAUAACUUGGAAUUGUUAUCAGCAAUUGACCUGCUGAAACAAGAAUUGGAAAAAACUAAAAAUGAGUUGGAUAAGUCAAGAGAUAGAGAACGUCAAGUCAGUGAUGAAAAAAUACAACAUAAACUGGCUAUCGAAGAGUUAUCAGAAGCCACGGUUGCGCUGGAGACAUUCCACAAACAUAACUUUAGCGAGGAAGAAUACAAGUGGAAACUGUCGGAAUUGGAAGACCAGCUCAGUGAAUACAAAAAGUAUCAAAGAGUAGUUGUAACAUUGAGAGACGAAAACAGGAAACUUAAAGAAGUUUAUGCUAAAUUCAAGACUCAAAGAAAGAACACACUGCAGCAUUAUUCAGGUUUGUUCGGAGAACUUCGGAAAACUGCGCCGAACAAUUAUAUGUUGGAAGAAACACAUACUAUGUUAACCAAGAGUUUAAAGAAAUAUGACAGAAAAGCUUUUAAAUAA